UUUUGUUUGAUGCUUGUACGAGUGCACUCAUUGUAUCGUGCAAAACUCGUUUCGCACCAUACCUACUGAUGUACCGUCUACCCCCUCUUCCCAUCCCUGCCAAAACAUCAUCCCAUGAUUUCACAUUUUUCACAACCAUCUCGGCCUCUCUAUAGCUCUAACCUCAGCGUUUCCAUAUUUCAUCGUAUUCAGGUUUUCGCUCCUAUUUCAUAUUAUGGAAGGAGAAACAUCAUGGGUCAGCCAUUGCUAUGACCACAUUGUAAAAGAUAGGAUUGAGUUUGACUCAUCAUCAUCGGAACUCGAUGAUGAAAGCAGUGGACCCAUUGUUCUUGUUGAUCUGAUACUGCCCGAUGAUCUUUUGGAGCGGAUUCUGUCCUGCAUGCCCAUUGCCAGCCUUUUUAGGGCAAGCUGUGUCUGCAAAAGAUGGCAUGAUAUAGUGAAUUCAAAGCAGUUUUUAUGGAAUUUCUCACAGGUGCCGCCUAAAAAGCCUUGGUAUUUUAUGUUCACAAACUCAGAUGAGCCGAUUGGUUAUGUGUAUGAUUCCAUCCUCAAGAAGUGGUACCAUUUUGAACUCCCAUGCAUUGAGACCUCGAAUUGUGUCAUUUCUUCAUCUUGUGGAUUAGUUUGCUUUAUGGACAAUGACAGUAGAAGCCAGCUGUGUGUGUGUAACCCCAUAACCAAAUGCGCCAAGAAACUUGAGGAUUCUCCGGCUCUCAAGUUUUCGGACUACAGCGCUUUGGCAAUCUCUGUUGAGAGGAAACCUCGCAGGUGCACCGUGACUUACAGCGUGACAGUUGUCAAGUCUAAACAGGUACCUGGAAACUUCUACCAGUGGGACCUCUCUAUCCACAUAUAUGACUCGGAAACAAUGACUUGGGUAACCCCGUUCACAGAAACAUUACAAGGGUGGAGAGCAGGGGAUGAGAGUGUAAUUUGCAAUGGGGUUUUGUAUUUCUUGAUCUACUCCACAGGAGGUGGUCCUCCAGACAACCGGCACGGCUUAGUUUCGUAUAAUAAUCUGAGAACCAGACCGACCCACGGUUACUUGAUGAGUAGUUUCAUACCGGUCCCGUGUCCCCUUACUUGUGGCCGGUUGAUGAACCUUAAUGAGAGGUUGAUAAUGGUAGGAGGGAUCGGGAAACCGGAUCAUCCUGAUAUUAUAAAGGGGAUUGGGAUAUGGGGUCUUAAUGGUGGGAAGGAGUGGGAAGAGAUUGCGCGCAUGCCACCUAGGUUCUUCCAUGGUUUCGGGGAGUUUGAUGAUGUUUUUGCAAGCAGUGGCAGUGAUGAGAUGCUAUACAUCCAGAGCUACGGUGCACCUGCUCUUCUUGUUUUUGACUUGAGCCAGAAGCAAUGGAAGUGGUCCUUGAAAUGCCCAGUGUCUAAAAGGUUUCCUCUUCAACUCUUUACUGGAUUCUGCUUCGAACCAAGGCUUGAAGUCUCUCCUUAGGCUUCUUAUGCUGCAAUGGAUGGAUUUCAUCUGUUCCCUAAUGUCCUCCACCCUUCAUAUGCCCUUAAUUUUUUUUUUUGUCAAGAACUUGUUGAAAGGUAUAUUAUAUUAUUUUUAUUAUAUUAUAUAGAUAUAUGUGCGCGCGCGCUUGUGCCUGGUCAAUGAAAUGAAUUAGGUCUUUAAUGACUUUUGGUCUACAUUCCCAGAUCUUGAUGAUUAUGAAUGUUGAUAAUUUAUGAGUUAUGGCUCUCUCAAAUAGUGGGGACAAUAAUCUCUACAAUGGCAUGGUGAUAAACUUUGAUCAAUAUUAUAGAUAUUUU